CGGGUCUCUUCAUCUUCGACCUAAUGGCUAAUAGAGCGAUUGCUUCUCCACCAUCGUAUCCCGCCGCCGCCGCCCGCCUGCAUCCGAUUCUCGAUCAGUGACCAUCAGCCCCGAAGACUCCGCCGGCCUGCAAUCCCGAUUCUCGAUCAGCGACCAUCAGCCCCGACGCCGGCAGCUUCUCCUUUUCCCCACCAUCGGACCCCGAGGCUGUGGAAGAAACCCACCUCUCGCUCUUCUCGUGCUGGUCUCGAUCUCCAGUCGGAGAGAGGAAGCUUCGCGGCGAGAGGAAGCUUCGCGGCAUAAUCUGGGUCGGUGUCGGCACAAUCUGGGCUUCCUUGUCUCUUUGCGCAGGUCACAGUGCUACAGGUGUGUCCAAAGUUACUCAUGAUUUGAGUCAUGCAACUAUAGACGAUGAGAACGCGGAAGAUGCAGAUUUUGAUGAAGAUGGGGAGGAGCAUGACAAUUGAAGCGGAGCCAAGAGGCUGCUUGCUUCCUACGACACAGAUGCGAUUCUGAGUUGAAAGAGUUGGAGGACAAGUACCAGACAUUGAGAUGUUUUUUACUUUUUUCCCCCUUCUGAACUUGAACAUGAACCAUGAGUUGGUAUUUUCUGUUUUCUACCAUUGAGGAUGUUUAUGGGAGACUA